CCCUCCCUUUUAUUUUUACUUUAGAUCACAAUCAGAUUUUUAAAUGAAGAACCUCAGAUCAACUCGAACCAUGGACGUGGAAGUGCUUUGCUUUGUUGCUUAUGAUAGAUUUCCUGCUCGUGGAUUGUUCUUGUAAGAUAAUGUGAGAUCAUCUAAGAAAAAACUGCAGACAGGUGAAUUACAUUGAGAAGGCAUAACAACUCAAGUAGCCUCUCCUGCUCACUGAAGUCUGCGAAAACACGUCUCCACAAACAUGGAUGGCCCCAACAAUUUGACUUCCAGUUUGAACAAGACCUGUGAUCCGGUUGUCCCAUCAGUUAACCCUUUCUUUAUGCUGGUCUACAGUCUAGUGUUUGUGGUGGGUUUACUCCUUAAUGGUUUCAUCAUGAAGUUUUACUGUUGUCGAGUUCGGCAGCAGGCAUCCAGCAGCUUGAUGGUCUACAUGAAGAACCUGACAGCUGCUGACUUCCUGCUCUGCCUCUCUCUGCCACUCCGCAUCACCCACUAUGCUAGCAGCUCUCUCAUCAUUCAGCAGCUCUACUGCACAGUUGGAGCUUAUGCCCUGUUCCUCAACAUGUAUGCCAGCAUCCUAUUCAUGGGGUACAUUGCUGCCAACAGGUAUCUGAAGAUAGUCCAUCCUUCAAAAACUCACAUUCUGCAGAGUGUACGAACUGCCCACAUCAUCUCUGUGGUCACUUGGGUUUGUCUCAUUAUUCCAGCAGUCACCAGCAACACCCUGUUUUUCAUCACCCAGAAACAUCUGAAUGUCACCCCGAGACGCUGCCGUCCCCUAUUUAGUUCAUUGGUCAGGCUGGUCCAAAAAAUUGUCCAUAUCUUCUCUGUUAUCAUCUUCCUCUUAGUCUUCAUAUCCUUGGUCUUCUUCUAUAACGGCAUCUCCCGCAGGGUGUUGCAGGCACAGCAGACACAGCUGGCCAACUCUGGCUCUGAGAAGCUGGUGAAGUCUCGCAGGAACAUGUUGCUACUUGUCAGCAUCUUCUGUGUGUGUUUUGUGCCCUAUCACCUGUUUCGACUCCCCUAUAUUUUUCUGUUGGGAAACUGCUCUGCUGUUAAGGUGUUGUACUACCUGAAGGAGGCGGCCACCAUAGUGUCGGUUUUCAACGUCUGCCUGGACCCUGUUGUUUACUUUUUCCUCUGUAAGACUUUUCAGGCCCAGGUGAAUCGGAGUAUGGCCUCCAUAAGAGUCAACAUUCAAUAAGCAAAUGAGGUGAAGAGAGAGGCCUCUCUCUUCACUGAAGAGAGAGGCAAACCAGUGUGCUGCAAAGAAAUGCUCAACAUCUUAUAAAAAUAAUUAUUUUUUUCCAAGAGUCAGAUGAGACCAGUAAAACCAGUGUCAUGGAUUCCAAGCCCUCACAUACUAGACAAGUUUCUGCGGUGCUCAGAGAUCAGUACAGAACGAAUCAACACAAACACACUCCCACACAGAGAGCAUCAGUUUAUGUUGCCAACUUUCAGCUAUUAGUCAGUGUCAGUUUUAGCAAACAGAAACAGAACCAGUCUGUGGUUAAAUUUCUACAAACAAUAUCCAGUGUGUGAAAUCUGAAUUUCAGUGUUUAUGAACAAAAAUAUUUUAACAUUUACAUAUAAAAAGUGAAGUCAAAAUUACUGCUGAAGCAUUUCUUUUGCAGCAAUUUUUAUGAUUCAUGACAAAAAGCAAAACAUAGGCAAUGCCUUAAGAAAAAGAAGAAAAUCUAAGGUUUCCAGCCUGUUUUGCUACUUCACUAAUUUUUCAUAUCCUAUUUCGAAGUUUUGUUCUGCCGGGUAGAAAAUAGUUUAAAUCAAGACAAAACAAGUGUUCCUCUGCAACUAGGAGUCAUAGUUCUACAUUACUAGAGGGGGUCCACACAGGAAUCCUGGCAAGCAAGCAAACGACUUCACCUGUGCCUUUAACACAUUAUAAUACACAUUUAUGCAGGUCAUGUUUAAAUAGCAAUAGUAUAAAAUGCCCUUUCAUACUGACAGACACUCAGUUCCUGGUUAACAACUGAAGCUUCAGCAAAAUCUUUCCAUAUGGCGUGCAGUAAACACAGUCUGAGUGCUCACGGCUUGCCCAUCAUCAAUCAUGUCGGCCAGCCAACAUCUCCAAUAGCUUUCUUUCUUCCUCGAUAAGCCAGGUCCUGCCAGCUCAGACCAGGCACAACUCUGUUAUCAUUGUUCCUGUUUAAUGUCAUCGCUUGUCUAAAUGAGUUGACUUAUCAAUUCACCUCUAAGGAGUUUUGAAGGAUCCAAUAAAUGAUCUAAUGGUAGUGACCUAUACCUUUAACAGAUUGCAAAGCAUUCUGGGUGAGCAUGUUGAACAACAGAGACCAACACUGAGCUCUUUCUAUAGUUAUAAACCACAAAGUUUAAAAGUAACCCAACCAAUCUACUGCACACAUGGCUUCGCUUUUAACCUUUCUUCUUUCCACCUCACGCUAACACGUAGCUCAAUCUUUACUUACUAUCUUUACUUCUGAUUUGUCUUCGUUCAAAUGUUUCGAUGCUAUAGUUCUUAAAUUAAAUAAGUCGUUACCCUUCAGUUGUUCUGUGUUUUAAGGUCAGUAAAGUGAGUCAGUUUCUUUGACGUGGACUGUGUUUUUUUCAGCCUGCAGUUUGUCUGUGUAACAGAUACUAACAGUAGCUCUGUGGUUGUUCAGUUUCCUGUUUCGAGUCAAAACUUAGCUGCUCACAUUUUACUGCAGGGUAAAAUGUGUGGGUGUAGGACAUGUAAAAUGUCCUACACCCACUCCCCCCACACACACACCUACACAUAAAUUAUUUUUAUCCAGCUGCCGAAACAUUUUGGCAUUUUAAAAUAAACUAAAUAUAUUCUGUAACCUAAAUACAGUUGGUACAUCGCAAUAAACCAACAUGUAUGAAAAUCACAUGUCAGCUUUAAUUCUGUAUAGACCGCAGGGUCCACAGAUAUACAUGCACUGGAAGGCAAUAUGGCUGCUGCACUGACUCAUUAUUGUAACAGAAGCAGUUACCAGUGCCAGUCCCUCUUCCCUCUUUAAUGGUUUUAUUUAAACCCUCAACUUAGCCUGCUUCCUUUCAGCCAGACUCAUAGUUCGAAGUGAAAGAUGAACUGAUAAAAUCUUUAUUAAAGUAUUCAGUAAUCAUAACUGGAUGCUCAAUAUAUUUAAAUAGUCAUUUAGAAAACUACCUGCUCUUUAUCACUUGAAUAGACAGGACAACAUUGGAGCUUUGCAUGAACUUCAGAUUUACAGCAAACGUGAAUGCACCACACAUGAACAUGAACACUUGUGUGAUCUUUAAUGUGUUGUGUGUUUGCAUGUUUCACUUCUUCCUACUUCCUGCACCGAGCGAAUCACGUGAUAAAACCUGUUACUGUGGAUCAUAUUUAAGCCUCUUUGUGGCAUUGCUCCACCAAAUGAUCAUGCUACUUCACAAAAUGUAUUUAUCUGUAUUACGUGCAACAUGUGAGCUGAAAUGAAAUAAUAUUCAGGGUUUAUGCUCAUAUUUUAAGAUUUACGAUACAUGUUAACAACUCAUAAAUCGUUAACAAUCAGGAAGUGGUUUCAAAGUCUGAGACGGGGCUGUCAGACUCAUUUUACAUGGUGGGCCACAUAUAGCCCAUGCUGAUUUUAAGCAGGCUGGACCAGUGAAACUCCCCUUUCUGUCAGUUUAAAGAAGUGACAUACUUAACUGUUUUUCUACAUGAUGAAGAAAAAGUUGCUGUAAUAAAGAAAGAAAUCUGUCA